AUGGUUCUCAGUCUUGGUAAAAGAUCAUUAGCUAUUGGAAGUGGCGAUCCGAAAUGGGAUUAUGGUAUUAUUCCGUACAAAAUAAAUUAUACGGGUUUCGAUAGAAAUACGAGAAUAACGCUUGUAAAAGCUAUGAGAUAUUGGGAGAGGUACGCGUGCAUACAAUUCAUUGAAUUAGACGCGAAUCCACAUCCUAGUUAUGUAUUGUUUGUUUACAAAGAAAAAAUGUGCCAAUCUCCGAUUGGACGAUAUCAAAACGGAUGUCUAGAAAUAAAAUUGUGUAAUACUUGUAAAUUUCGAGGAAUCGUCCAUGAAUUAGGACAUAUCAUAGGUUAUGAGCAUAAUUUUGCUACGUGGAACAAUAACAAUAGUCGUACUUUCGGUUUGCCUUACGACGUAAAUUCCCUGAUGCAUUAUACAAAAAAUGAGUUUGCAGUAAACGAGUCUCAGGGUAUACUGACACCAUUGAACAAAAUGGCCAGUGAAAGUCUGGAUAUAGGAGAAGCUACCAAACCGAGUGAAAUCGAUAUUCAGACAGUAAAUCGUCUUUAUAAUUGUCCAGGUCGUUAUUGUGGAAAUAAAAGUGAACCUUUACAUUUAUUUUCGACUGGCAAUCGUAUGCUAGUCAGGUACCGAAAAUAUGGUUACGAUCUCCACAAGGGUUUCGAUGCUCACUACCAAUCAGUUUGUAAUCACACUAUGUAUAUAAAUGAUGAACUGGUUUCUCUACAGUCACCAAAUUAUCCUGAACCAUACGGACUCGAUGUAAAAUGCACUUGGCAUCUUGUCACAAAAAAAAAUUAUCAAAUAAUGAUGACAUUAAACUACUUCAAGCUUGAACGUAGCAAAAAUUGUGUCUACGAUUCUUUACAAGUACGAGAUGGUGAUAAUAAUUCUUCCCCACUUAUCGGAAGUUAUUGCGGCGAAAUGGAUCCUUGGGAAAUUACGUCGACUGAUAAUAAUUUAUAUGUCACAUUUGUCAGUGACUCAUUCGAGCAAGAUAACGGAUUUUCAGCUUCAUUAAUUACAAAACCCGCUGUCAAUUCGAUACCCGAUUAA